AUGGAGAGAAAGGCUAAAAGAGCUAUCGGAAAACCUAAGAAUAGAUUUCUGAUUACAAGGGGGGUUGUCAAUGGAAUAUUAAAAAGAGAGAGCGGCCAACUGGAUUUUCGGUCAAUUUCCAAAAUAGCCUCCAUUGUGAGUACUUCUGAUGGGCAACUAACAAGUAGGUAUGGAGCAAAAGAACUCAAAAGUUUGAUCGCUAUUUUAAAUAUUUGGAAUCAAAGGAAGAUCAGCUAUCAACCCAGUUUCUACGAAAUAUACUUGCCGGCAGCGGUAGCGCAGGCGUUCAGAUCCUCUCAAGAUCUGAUAUUGAGGGACAGGAAAAAUUGA